UAUCAUUUCUCAGUUGAAGUCUACAGCUACACGUGCCAAUCUGGUUGCCUAUCUUAUGUUUUCUUACUUCCUUUCCCUUCCCCUCCUUCCUUAGCCUGUCUUUAUAUUCCGACGUUCACUGCAAAUAAACGCCCAUUCUUCCAGCUUGUCAGCGUGUGUCUGUCUCGCCUGCGUCAAGCGCAGUGUCCGACCUACGAUGUAACAGUGGCGACGAGAAACGGAAAGCAAAACCCCUGGCAAAACCUUGAAGCACAGGACGGCAGCUACGCUACGGAGCGACGACUCGACGAUGGCACACCAGCAACUGCCCGACUUCGACGACGAAAGAGACAACUGGAAGGCCUAUGUUAUCAAGGCAGAGGCAUACUUUGAGGCAAUGGGCGUGAAGGAGUCGGCAAAGAAACGGGCGCUUUUGGUGGCAGCUUUAAGCACACGCACCGUUCAAAUAUUAGCAGGACGAGUAGCGCCGAAGAAGCCGAAUUCUUUGGAGUACGAAGACGUCGUGAAAGUCUUGGACGAGUUUUUUGAUCCCAAGCGACAUGAGAUUACCGAAAGCUUCCGCUUCUUCAACCGCUGCCAGCUUGACGGCCGAGAAUUCAUCCUGGUCACAGAUCACCAGCCGCUCCUGGGCCUGCUGAGACCGGAUCGGCCUACUCCACCUCUGGCUGCUGCUCGCAUACAGCGCUGGGCGCUGUAUUUGGGAGGAUUUCGCUACAAGCUACAGUAUUCGCCAGGCAAGCAGCUCCUGAACUCGGACGCACUUAGUAGGUUGCCACAAGAAACUUUGGAGCCAACCACGGAAGGGGAGCCACCUGACUACGUUCUGGCACUCGUAUGUGUCCAGGAGGGGCCGGUCUCGGUAGAAGAACUGCAGGUGCUGACGGCAGGUGACGCACGUACUUUCAAAGGUCAUGCAGUACACAAGAGACGGGUGGCCUCCAAGCUCUAAAGCAUUAGAAAGGAGCUUACUCCCCUUUUACGACCGCAAACAGGAACUGUCAUUGGCCCACCGUUUGCUGUAUUGGGGCCGUAGAGUUGUCAUUCCAGUUAACGCGCAACAUAGAAUGUUGCACAUGUUGCACGAGACGCAUCAAAGAUCAUCGGCGAUGAAAUCAAUCGCUCGGUCAGCUUUUUGGUGGCCAGGAAUGGACCACGACAUAGAACAACUGUCAGCGGGGUGCACAAGCUGCAUCCAAAAUCGACCAAUGCCGGCAUCUGCUCCACCAGUUAACUGGCCGACCUGCCAGGAGAACUGGUCAAGAGUGCAUCUAGAUUUCGCGGGGCCGAUCAAAGGAAACAUGAUCCUUGUUCUCGUAGAUGCUCACAGCAAAUGGAUUGAGGCCGUACCAAUGAAACAGGCGACCACAUCUUCGACUAUUACUUGCCUGCGCAGCCUCUUUAGCAGGUUCGGCAUCCCUCGCACCAUUGUUUCAGAUAAUGGGACGCAAUUCACUAGCCAAGAAUUUGCUGAUUUUGCGAAAAACAAUAACAUAACCCACCUGCGCACGGCUGCGUUUCAUCCACAGUCGAAUGGCCUAGCAGAGAGAGCCGUCCGAACUGUUAAAGAUGGGCUGAAGAAGAUGAACCAGGGCAGAUUAGAAGAUUGCCUUUGCAGACUACUUUUCAACUACCGGAGAACACCCCUUGCAUCGGGCAAAUCUCCUUCGGAACUUCUUCUUGGCUACCAAAUCCGGUCCCGCCUCGACACAUGUCUUCCUCCUUUGGUUGCAGGAAGAUCGGGAACAUCGGAUGACUGGUCUCUUGCACCAGACACAAAUGUUUACGUCCGUAACUUUGGUAAAGGUGAUAAGUGGAAAACGGGCACGGUAAAGUCAGCAGAUGGAUCUAGGAUGGUGACAGUGGAAACGCCUGAGGGCCUCGUUCGGCGACACAUUGAUCAAGUUCACACAAGGAAAGACCCAACAGCUACCCAAGGCCACAAGGAGAGUGAAAGCUCGUCCAUCUCGAGAACCCCGGAAGAAACUUUCGGAGCAAAGCCAAAGGCAACAGCCGACACUCGUGAAACGUCAUCACCACAGCGUCAGUCAUCACCCCAACCCAUUGGCCCACAAGAGAGCAACGGUGAACCUACCGUGGCCUCGGAACUCCGGCGCUCAACACGAGAGCGCAGACCUGUGCAGCGUCUUCAGUAUUAUUGAUGGAGAAAUGUUAUAACUGCAGUGUUCUUAUCAUUUCUCAGUUGAAGUCUACAGCUACACGUGCCAAUCUGGUUGCCUAUCUUAUGUUUUCUUACUUCCUUUCCCUUCCCCUCCUUCCUUAGCCUGUCUUUAUAUUCCGACGUUCACUGCAAAUAAACGCCCAUUCUUCCAGCUUG